AUGGCGACCACUCAUCCAACCACCGAGCCCGCGGCGAAUAGUUCCAGUGACAGUAUGCAAACUCCUAGUAGUACCCAAAAAGAUGCUACCGACCACGUCGAGCAGGUCCACACCAACGAGAGGGUUCCUGGUCAUCCUGGUUACUAUGAGAAGGAUGGUCUGCGAACAUAUGGCGAUGAUGAAGAUCACGACCACGAGCCUCCUAUGUCCGGAAAGCGAAUUUUGGCGCUGGUAGCACAGGCUUUCUUGUGGACUGGUUCUCAAAUUCCAGUGUACAUCCUCGGUGGUGUUCCACCAUAUAUCUAUGCCGAUAUUGGUGGUGUUGAUCGCUGGAUUUGGUUCGUCUUGGCCUAUCUUCUGGCCCUUGCUGCCAUCUGCCCCUUCGUUGGAUCAAUUUCCGAUCUUGUCGGGCGACGAUGGGUCGCGUUGUCCGGUUCCUUUCUUCUGGUCAUCGCCAUGAUCAUCUGUGGCGUUGCUAAAAAUAUGAAUGUCUUCAUCGUUGGCAUGACCAUCUCUGGUGUUGGUGCUGGUAUCUGCGAGCUCACUUCACUGGCUGUCACUGCUGAGCUCGCUCCCACCCGCUCACGUGGCAAGUAUGUGGCCGUCUUGGUGUUUACUAUCGUUCCAUUCUGCCCAUCCGUGUUGUGGGCUCAAUUGAUCGCCAGCCACGCUGGAUGGCGUUAUUGCUGUCUCCUCUGCGGUAUCUGGGCCGCAAUCGGCUUCUUCGGCACCAUGUUUUUCUACUUCCCACCACCUCGACCAAACUCCCGUGGUUUGAGCAGGAAAGAAAUCAUUGGCGAGAUCGAUUUCGUUGGGGGCUUGCUCAGCAUUACAGGCAUGAUUGUUUUCCUUGCUGGCCUGCAAUGGGGUGGAUACCAAUACCCUUGGGGAUCUGCUCACGUCCUUGCUCCUCUCAUCAUCGGCGGUGCUCUCCUGUUCGUCGCAUUCCCAAUCUGGGAGAUCAAGUUCGCCAAGUUCCCCAUGUUCCCAUCUCGCAUGAAGAAGGAGGCCCGGACUCUCACACUCACUUUGAUCAUUACGGCAAUUUCUGGCGCCAACUUUUUUUCAGUCAUCAUGUUCUGGCCAACGCAAGCAUUCAAUGUUUAUGGCCAUGAUCCAGUUGGCGUCGGCAUUCGAGGUAUCCCCAUUGGUUUCAGCAUUCUCGCCGGAGCUUGUAUCGUGUUGUGGCUUUUGUCCGUCUUCCGGGGCCACAACCGAGAACUUCUGGUCAUUUCCUCCGUCCUCAUGACUGCAGGCUGUGGUGCUCUUGCAAUUGCAGACCGUGAUAACCUUCACAUGCUUUGGGGACUCUUGGUUCUUGCCGGAAUUGGCAUUGGUGGAAUCGUUGUUCCCGCUUCGAUCAUCACCACCAUCAUUUGCCCCGACGACAUUAUCGCGACAGUGACAGCUCUAACCCUGUCCAUUCGUGUCAUCGGUGGAUGCAUUGGUUAUACAGUAUACUACAAUGUCUUUGUGAACAAGUUCGUACCGAACGCCACCAAGUAUAUCGGCGGCACGAUGGCGUUGCAACUCAACAUCACAAACGUCACGUAUAUCACCCAUGCCAUCGAGUACACGGCUGCCAGCUUGUUGCCAGCUCUCAAGACCAUUCCAGGUAUUGCCGGAAAUGAGACCGCAUAUGAGAUGGUUGUACUGGCAGGCCAAGUCGCAUAUGCUGAGAGUUAUAAAUAUGUGUACCUGACCAGCAUUGCAUUCGGAGGCAUCAGUAUCAUUGCUGCUUUCUUCCUCGGAAAUAUCGACAAAUAUAUGGAUGAGCACGUCGCUGUGGUCAUGCAUUAG